AUGAGAGGCAGCGCGGAGGAGAGCGCAAGUGAGAGAGAAAAGCAUUGGACGAAGCUGCAUCCUUCUGCACAUCCACAGAAUACAAGAAUGAGGCAGUGCAGAGGCUGGAGCUGGGUGCUGCUGCUGCUCGUGGCUCUGGGGGCUUUGGGACAGAAACUCCCCACGAGGGACGAGGGCCUGUUCCAGACGCAGAUCCGAGACAAGUCACUGUUCCACGACUCGUCUGUGAUCCCGGACGGCGCCGAGAUCAGCGGGUACCUGUUCAGAGACACGCCCAAAAGGUACUAUUUUGUGGUGGAGGAGGACAACACGCCCCUGUCUGUCACCGUGACUCCAUGUGAUGCGCCGCUGGAGUGGAGGCUGGUGCUACAAGAGCUGCCGGAGGAGGCCAGCGGAGAGGCCUCAGGUGAGCCCGAGCCGUUGGACCAGCAGAAGCAGCAGGUAACCGUGGACGAGGGAACAGAACUCUUCACCUACAAAGGGAACGAUGUGGAGUCCUACGUGGCGACCAGCACCCCUUCUGGCCUGUACCAAUUCGAGAUCCUGUCCACGGAGAAGGACAGCAACUUCAAAGUGUACGCCACCACCACCCCUGAAUCUGACCAACCCUAUCCCGAGCUCCCUUACGACCCCCGUGUGGAUGUCACCGCGCUGGGACGCACCACUCUGACCUUGGCCUGGAAACCCACCCCCACCGGCUUUCUCAUGGGCCAACCUGUCCAAUACUGCGUCGUCAUUAACAAGGAGCAUAACUUCAAAAGCAUGUGCGCAGCUGAAGCUAAAAUUAGCUCCGAUGAUACGUUUAUGCUAGCUCCCAAACCAGGAAGAGACUUUAGCCCGUUUGACUUUGCGCAUUUCGGCUUCCCUUCAAAUGGAUUUGGGAAAGACAGAGGACUGACGAGUAACAAAAUCUCCCGGGCCUAUACAGUCAAGCCCAAACAAUCUGACAUCCAAAAAUUGUGUAUUGGAAACAAGAACAUUUUCACAAUUUCUGACCUAAAGCCAGAUACGCAGUACUAUUUUGACGUCUUUGCUGUCAACUCUGCUACCAAUACGAGCACAGCGUACGUGGGUACUUUUGCCAGGACCAAAGAAGAAGCCCGGCAGAAGACGGUCGAAUUGAAAGACGGCAAAGUUACAGAUGUUUUUAUCAAAAGAAAAGCGAGCAAGUUCCUUCGUUUUGCCCCAAUGUCAUCUCACCAAAGGGUCACUCUGUUUGUCCACGCAUGUCUAGACACGGUACAAGUUCAAGUGCGGCGCGACGGGAAGCUUUUGCUGUCCCAAAACGUGGAAGGCGUGCGACAGUUUCAGCUCAGAGGCAAGCCGAAAGGGAAAUACCUGAUCAGGCUUCGAGGCAGCAGGAAAGGGGCAUCCACUCUUAAAGUCCUGGCCACGACAAAACCAAGCAGCAAGCAACCUUUCCCCUCUCUGCCAGAAGACACGAGAAUCAAGGCGUUUGACAAGCUGCGCACCUGCUCUUCCGCUACCGUUGCAUGGCUCGGCACGCAGGACCGGAACAAAUACUGCAUCUAUCGCAAGGAGGUAGCCGAAAAUUACGGCGAGGAACAGAGAAAGAGGGAGCAGAACCAGUGCGCGGGACCAGAAACGCGAAGGAAGUCUGAAAAAGUCCUGUGCAAGUACUUCCACAGUCCGAACUUGCAGAAGGCGGUCACCACGGAGACCAUUACUGGACUAGAACCGGGCAAGACAUACCUGCUGGACGUUUACGUGGUGGCACACAGCGGCCACUCGGUCAAAUAUCAAAGCAAACUGGUGAAAACACGGAAGUACUGCUAA